GCGGGGUCACGUGCGGCGCGGCGAUGGCGGGCGGCGCGGGCGCUUGAGCGCCCGGUUGGGGCUGGGGGGCGGUUCGGGGGUACGAGGAACCCGUCAUGGAGGUGUACAUCCCCUCCUUCCGCUACGAGGAGAGCGAGCUGGAGCGGGGCUACACGGUCUUUAAAAUAGAGGUGCUAAUGAAUGGAAGGAAACAUUUUGUGGAGAAGAGAUACAGUGAAUUCCAUGCACUUCAUAAAAAGCUCAAGAAGUUCAUAAGGACCCCUGAGAUCCCUUCAAAGCAUGUGAGAAACUGGGUCCCCAAGGUUCUGGAGCAGCGACGACAAGGCUUGGAGUUGUACUUGCAGACAGUCAUUUUAGAAAAUGAAGAGCUCCCUAAAAUAUUUCUUGAUUUCCUGAAUGUUCGCCAUCUACCUACCUUGCCAAAAGCAGAAAGCUGUGGCUCUUUUGAUGAAACAGAAUCUGAAGAAUCAAGCAAACUGUCCCACCAGCCUGUGCUGCUGUUCCUAAGAGAUCCAUAUGUCUUGCCUAAAGCCAACGAAUACUGUGUUGAAAUCAAGACUCAGACUCUUGAGCUGCCUUGAAAGCAAUGAAAAUUUUAAGAGUAAAUUUAGGAAAGAAUACUUGUUUGUUUGUAGUUUCUUAGCCAAUGGAGUGUACUGCCUUGGGAUUUUCUCAAGCUGUAUAUGAAUACCUGAAGGAAGGUUGUAAAGAAGACAAAGCCAAAGUCUUUUUAGUGGUGCCCAGUGGCAGGAGAAGAACAUAAGAAACAUCAGGAAGUACUGUCAACUGUGAAGGUGACAAAGCACUGGUACAGGUUGCCCAGAAUGGUGUGGAGUUUCCAUCCUUGGAGAUACUCAGAAGCUGUCUGGAUAUGGUCCUGGGCAACUGGCUAUAGGUGUCCAUGCUUGGGCAGCACGUUAAACCAGAUGACCACCAGAUGACUCUUCCAGGUGCAACCAUUCUGUGACUGUUGUUUUUUCAAGCUGUUUGUCUAAACUAUAGGGACUGGGCUCAUGUAUUUUGAGAGGGUUAAAUAGUCUCUCUAGCUAGUAGUGUGGCCCGACAGUAUUGAGCCCAUGGAGUCUUACUGAACUUCAAGUUGUAGUUCUAUGGUGAAACAGCCAGUGCAGAGGUCCUGUGUGACCAAGGUCCACACUGGAAGACACAUGACAGGGUAAUUUUUUUACUUUGGCUUAGCACUAGUCCGGUCACAUGGACAGAAUGCCUGUUUGGGGCUGGACUACAAAUCACAAAAUUGACGAACCUGGGCACAGUAAGGUCAGUUCCCAAGGUCACUCCUGACUCAAGUGACAACAGUAAUGCAGAGGCACCCACAGAGUUACCUGUGUCUAGAACCCGGUUCAGAUUACUGCCUAUACUGACAUUCAGAGUGAGCCACGUGUCGUAAUCUUACUGUUUAAUACUCCUUAAUUGCAAACUUGGAUUCCUUGAGAGCAAGAUGUAAGUUAUUAACAUCAUUUAAUUUCGUACCAUUCCUGACAGAGAAAAUGGAUUUCCUAUACAGUUAUCCUGAAAAAUUAAGACAGUGCUAAAAGUUUCAGCCCACAUAGGGCUUUGCUCUAAAACAUCUAAAACACCCAUCUGAGAUGUUGCAAUUCUGUCAUGGUAUUUAUUUUCCUUCUCUACUGUGUGCCUCCAUGUUUAAAUAUUAAGUAGGCCUCAUUAAUUACAUCUGAAACAAAGGACUUUGCAGGCUUUUGCCAAGGCAUUUUUUGGCCUUGACACACAAUACUGAGAAUUUCAUAUGACAGGUGAAUAUUCUUUCUAUUUGAAGACCCUCAAACAUCAAAUUAAUUUGCAAGUUCUUCUUUAACUUAUUGAGUUAAAACAUAAAUUUCAAUGUCAGCUGAAGUUUAAAAAAAGAAGAAAAAAAGUCAUAAGCCAGAGGCUCUACUUGUUGACUUGAGUCUCGUUAGAAGAAACAGAUUUUUUACACAACUACUAUUGUUUUUUUUUAAUUGUUUUUAGUUUGCAACAUAGAGAAAAUUUAGAUUUCUUUCUAAAAUUUUCACAUCGAUUCUUAGUUUGAUAGAUCCUUGAUUCCUUUGUAGAAGGCCACCAAUGGUGUUCAAACUAUGACCAAAAGUAAGUGUCCAUUAGCAAAUAACUAUUCAUUGUAUGUACUUUUUGAAGAACAUGAAGUAUGACAGUUGUGUGGAUCAGAUAUGGAGUUAGUCCUUCCUGGAUGCAGGAAUGCCUGUGUUAACAUCUUCCUAUAAAAUAGGAAAUUGUGUAUUUGUGGGGUUUUAAUGAGCUUGAUAGUUAUUUCCAGAACAUAAUACUCAAAGAAUUUUUUUCACCUCUUCACUGCACUGUCUUUAUAGUCUCACCAUUAUUCAAGUGAGUGGACUUCAAGCAUUGUUGGGUUGCAGGACAACUUACCAAAAAAUGAGAAUCAUAUUUACAAACUUAACAGAUUUUCAGACUCACUUUUUCAUGCUGUAUAUAACGCCAUCUGAAUGCACAAGCACAUUACUUUUUGAGUAAGGUGGCCAUUUCUUUUUGAGGGGGUGGGGAAACAAAAACAUACUACUUUGAAGAAAAAUGAAGAAAAAAUGAAGAAAGAACUUAAAAUGCCGCAAGUUGAAAAUAAUACGUAAGGUGAUAAAAUGUGGAAUCUCAGAUUUAAUGUCACUUGUUUGAAAAUUGUUCUGAUGAUUCUAUAAACCAUUAAGUAUCACAGAUCUGCAAGACUGUGCUUCGGUGUAUUUAUACAUUUAACUUGUAUUAGUAUGCUUUAUUUUUUUUAAGCAACAAAGCUUUGCAGUAUAUCAGCUGCUUUAAAGUUGUAUAAUUUUUUUGAUCAAUAUUCAUUUUCUUAUGUAUACUGUAUGUUAUAGAGGAACCAGUAAAAACUGGUAUCUGAAACUGCAGCAUUUAAUUUAGAAGGAAAGCAUCAGAUUGCCCUUACAAGUGUAUUUUUAAUAACAUUAAUGACAACAGCAUAGGGUUAUUCUACCAGGGUGAUUUGGGAUAGCUGAGCUUGCAGAACUUGAGGAUUCAUUAUUGGAUUCAAAAUAUUAACAAGUAAUUUAUAAUGAUGACUUACUAGGAGAAGCCGGAGAGAAUUAUGCAUAGUGCAAGUUGCAGUUCGUUAGAACAUGCUAAAAUACCUGGUUUUAACAUGUUUUAUACACUGGAACCACCUUACUAAUACCUAUGAGAGAACAUCUUUAAGCUAAUAAGGAUUCUUUUUUUUUCUUACCAAAUCCAAAUCUACUUUUUGUUCAAAAUUUUUACCUUUUAGCAAAAGAAAUACGGGCAAAACCUUAUCCCACCUACAUUAUGUGAUCUAAUCUAUCAAGUGUCUAAUGAUUUUUAAAAAUGUUGUAUCCCCCUUUUUUAAAUAUCCUGUCAAUAGGUGAAGGACGUAUUUGAUUAUUGUGGAAAGUUCUGUAUCAGAAAUAGUCUGUAAUUCUAGGCAAACCCAUUUCCUAGUGUACUAGCAAUUUUAGGACUGCAAGGUGUUAUCAGGAAUUCUUACUCUUAAUGCCCAGUAAUUUAAGUAAACUCCUCAUUAAAAACACAUUAGUUGGUACAUUUGAAUAAUAUUUUCACUUCAGUACUGUAUAUCGUGCACUUCCUCUGAGUGGAUCUUUUACUUGUUCUAUCAUGUAAUUUUUUCAUGCUAAAUUGAACAUGAAAAUUGUCACCUUCCUCUACAUCUGUCGUAAGAACAUAGUGGGCUGUUUUUUCUCCAGAUGUUAUAGGAUGACUUUUUGUAACACACGACAUUUUGUGUUGGUCAGCCAGCCUGAAAUUUUCCUGCCUCAAAUAAUCAUCUCUGAUUGUAGAGCCAUCCUCAAGUCUCCUAAGUCUAAACAUUGCUGUAAACCACAGUGGAAAAACAGCUUUGAAGUAUUCCCUGUAGCAAUCUUGGAAUUCCUUCAAGUAUAUUGAGAUUUUGUUAGAAAUUGAACUGCCAGUGUAAUUCAUCUUCCUUGUGAGAAAAGAUUCAGAUAAAGAGCUGGAGCCUAGCAGCAUUAAGUAUAAGAACACCCCUUUAAAUCAAUAAGCUACAAAUCUGGCAGCGCAUUCAUGCAAUGCCCAGUGCUUCACUAAAGUGGCUUUAGUGCUGAAGCAGCAUUACUAAUAGCAUACCCGCAGCACGGAUAAACAGUUGAGUGAUGCAGUAACCCAAAUUAUACGAGGCCUUGCCUAGUUGAGUUUCGCAAAAACAUUUAUCUUGUACUGAAAAAGAUAAGAAAGCAAGCUUUUUUUCUUUUCUUUUU